AUGAUCCUAGAUAAUACUAUGGUAUUUGCUUAAAUACUUUGUGAAAUCCGAGAUAGUAUAGUGGUUAGUAUUCCUGCCUGUCACGCAGGAGACCCGGGUUCAAUUCCCGGUCUCGGAGCUUUUUUUUUAUUUAGAACACGAGAAAAUAUUAUAAAAACUCAUGAAAAUCUUGCCAAAAUAUUAGAUAUAGCUGAAGUAUUGUUUUAUAUUUGGUGA